UCUCCCUGAGCGGCCUGCAUGCAGGAGAGAGACAGACACACAGGGAUCGCCGGUGGCGGGGAUCUGGGCCAGAGCUGGGGGACUAGGCGGGGACAGGGCCUGUUGAGGGCCACCGAGAGGGCCACCGAAGCUGAGGGGCGAAGAGCUUGAGAACACAGGCGCCUCCUCGUUCUCUCCAGGUUUCCGCGGUGGCGCCGAGGGUCGAGGCCGCUGACACCGCCCCGCAGGUGUGAGGCACCUGUUGACAGCAUCUGGAGCUCGCUCCCUCCAGAAGGAGACCCGGCCUCGGGGCCCGGAGGGGACCCCGCCGCGAAGCUGUGUGGGAGGAGCAAUUCCAGGCCGACCUAUACCCCAAUUUUGGCCUUAUUUCCCCAACAGACCUGUCCCCUCUCAGUUGUCAGGCUAAAUAUUUUGGCUUGGCGGAGAGUCAGAGAGAACGGGGAGGUCCCGCAAACCAAUCCGCUCUGUCGGGAGGCGGGGAGGAGCGAGCUGGGCGCGGCCCUCCUGUGCAGCCUGCCGGGAGACAACCCAGCGCCCAGCUCUGCUGCACCUCGGCCGCCUGCCUUGUCUUCGCCCUGAGCCCUGUGUGACAUUCCCCUCCGGGGCCUCUGAGGCUCUCCCUGCACUGUCCUCAUCGCUGUCCCGUCUCUGUGCCUCCGGGUUCACUCAGAGUCUGUCUCCGGCCGCCUGGCCUGUCUCUGGCUUUGUGUCUGUGUUCUUCCUUCCCUUUUGCGUCUCCUGCCACAGCUUCAGUGCUCCCAAUUGCUCUGCUCCUGGCUGCCCUCAUCUCUGCAGUGUGGGUCUCGGCCUCCCUGACCAUUUCCCGGGCGCUCCUCUUUUCUGGAGCCGCCUGCAGCACAGCCAGGACCCUACACAGGCCAGGCUGGGCCAUGGUCUGGCCCAGUCUGUGGCCCUGGGGACCAGGCCUGCUAGUGAUCCUCCUCUCUUCCGGACGGGGCCUGGACACGAUGAAGGUGUGCCCCAGCCUGGACAUCCGCUCCGAGGUGGCACAGCUGCGGCGGCUGGAGAACUGCAGCGUGGUGGAGGGCCAUCUCCAGAUCCUGCUCAUGUUCACGGCCACAGGGGAGGACUUCCGCGGCCUCAGCUUCCCACACCUCACCCAGGUCACAGACUACCUGUUGCUCUUCCGGGUCUACGGCCUGGAGAGCCUGCGUGAGCUCUUCCCCAACCUAGCGGUGAUCCGUGGUGCCCAGCCCUUCCUGGGCUACGCGCUGGUCAUCUUUGAGAUGCCCCAUUUGCGGGAUUUGGGGCUGCCCGCGCUCGGGGCUGUGCUGCGUGGUGCUGUGCGUGUGGAGAAGAACCAGGAGCUCUGCCACCUCUCCACCAUUGACUGGGGGCUGCUGCAGCCCGUUCCCGGUGCCAACUACAUUGUGGGCAACAAGCUGGGCGAGGAGUGUGCUGAUGUGUGCCCGGGCACGCUGGGCCUCGCUGGCGAGCCCUGCGCCAGGACUACCUUCAGCGGACACACCGACUACCGGUGCUGGACCUCCAGCCACUGCCAGAGAGUGUGUCCCUGCCGUCAGGGGCUGGCCUGCACACCGGGAGGCGAGUGCUGCCACACAGAGUGUCUAGGGGGCUGCAGCCGGCCCGGAGACCCUCGCGCCUGCGUAGCCUGCCGCCACCUCUACUUCCAGGGCGCCUGCCACAGGGCCUGCCCUCCGGGCACCUACGAGCACGAGUCUUGGCGCUGCGUCACAGCCGAGCGCUGCGCCAGCCUGCGCUCCAUGCCCGGCCGUGUCUCCACCUUCGGCAUCCACCAGGGCAGGUGCCUGGCCCAGUGUCCUCCAGGCUUCACCCGAAACGGCAGCAGCAUAUUCUGCCACAAGUGCGAGGGGCUGUGCCCCAAAGAGUGCAAGGUAGGCACCAAGACCAUAGACUCCGUCCAGGCGGCGCAGGACCUGGUGGGCUGCACCCACGUGGAGGGAAGCCUCAUCCUCAACCUUCGCCGCGGCUACAACCUGGAGCCAGAGCUGCAGCGCAGCCUGGGACUGGUGGAGACCAUCACUGGCUUCCUCAAAAUCAAGCACUCCUUUGCCCUCGUGUCCCUGAGUUUUUUCAAGAACCUCAAAUUAAUCCGAGGGGACACCAUGGUGGAUGGGAACUACACUCUGUACGUGCUAGACAACCAGAACCUGCAGCAGCUGGGGCCCUGGGUGGCCGCGGGGCUCACCAUCGCCGCGGGCAGGGUCUACUUCGCUUUCAACCCGCGCCUGUGCCUGGAGCACAUCUACCGGCUGGAGGAGGUGACGGGCACGCGGGGGCGGCAGAACAAGGCGGAGAUCAACCCCCGCACCAACGGCGACCGAGCCGCAGGCCAGACGCGCACGCUCCGCUUCGUGGCCAACGUGACGGAGGCCCACCGCAUCCUGCUGCGCUGGGAGCGCUACGAGCCCCUGGAGGCCCGCGACCUGCUCAGUUUCAUCGUGUACUACAAGGAGUCCCCAUUUCAGAAUGCCACUGAGCACGUGGGUCCAGACGCCUGUGGAACCCAGAGCUGGAACCUGCUGGACGUGGAGCUGCCCCUGAGCCGCACCCAGGAGCCCGGGGUGACCCUGGCGCCCCUCAAGCCCUGGACACAGUAUGCAGUGUUUGUGCGGGCCAUCACGCUGACCACGGCUGAGGACAGUCCCCAUCAAGGGGCCCAGAGCCCCAUCGUCUACCUCUGGACUCUGCCUGCAGCACCAACCGUGCCCCAAGACGUCAUCUCCACCUCCAACUCCUCCUCCCACCUCCUGGUGCGCUGGAAGCCGCCCACCCAACGCAACGGAAACAUCACCUACUACCUGGUGCUCUGGCAGCGGCUGGCCGAGGACGGCGACCUCUACCUCCACGACUACUGCCACCGCGGCUUGCGACUGCCCACCAGCAACCACGACCCGCGCUUCGACCGCGAAGACGGGGACCUGGAGGCCGAGCUCGAGCCAGGCUGCUGUCCCUGCCAGCACGCCCCUCCUGGGCAGGUCCUACCUGCGCUAGAAGCGCAAGAGGCCUCGUUCCAGAAAAAGUUUGAAAACUUUCUGCACAACGCCAUCACCAUCCCCAAGCCCCCUUGGAAGGUGACGUCCAUCCACAGGAACCUCCAGAGGGACGCGGGGCGGCACCGCCGAGCUGCCGGGACCCCCAGACCAGGGGGAAACAGCUCGGAUUUUGAGAUUCAAGAGGACAAGGUCCCCCGAGAACGAGCGGUGCUGGGCGGCUUGCGCCACUUCACGGAAUACCGGAUCGACAUCCACGCCUGCAACCACGCAGCGCACACCGUGGGCUGCAGCGCGGCCACCUUCGUCUUCGCGCGCACCAUGCCCCACAGAGAGGCUGAUGAUAUUCCGGGCAAAGUGGCCUGGGAGGCGGCCAGCAAGAGCAGCAUCCUAUUGAGCUGGCUUGAGCCACCUGACCCCAAUGGACUCAUCCUCAAGUACGAAAUCAAGUACCGCCGCUUGGGAGAGGAGGCCACGGUGCUGUGUGUGUCCCGUCUGCGAUAUGCUAAGGUUGGUGGGGUCCACUUGGCUCUGCUGCCCCCCGGAAACUACUCUGCUAGGGUUCGGGCCACGUCACUGGCCGGCAACGGCUCCUGGACAGACAGUGUCGCCUUCUACAUCCCUGGCCCAGAGGAAGAGGACGCAGGGGGCCUGCACGUCCUCCUCACUGCCGCCCCCGUGGGCCUCAUGCUGCUCAUCAUUCUGGCUGCCCUGGGUUUCUUCUACGGCAGAAAGAGAAAUGGUACCCUGUAUACCUCUGUGAAUCCGGAGUACUUCAGCGCCUCCGACAUGUAUGUCCCUGAUGAGUGGGAGGUGCCCCGGGAGCAGAUCUCCAUCAUCCGGGAGCUGGGCCAGGGCUCCUUCGGGAUGGUCUAUGAGGGAGUGGCACGAGGACUGGAGGCUGGAGAGGAGUCCACGCCGGUGGCCCUGAAGACGGUGAAUGAGCUGGCCAGCCCCCGGGAACGCAUCGAGUUCCUCAAGGAAGCUUCUGUCAUGAAGGCAUUCAAGUGUCACCACGUGGUGCGUCUCCUGGGCGUGGUGUCUCAGGGCCAGCCAACUCUGGUCAUCAUGGAGUUAAUGACCCGUGGGGACCUUAAGAGCCACCUUCGCUCUUUACGUCCUGAGGCUGAGAACAACCCUGGGCUCCCGCGGCCAGCCCUGGGAGACAUGGUACAGAUGGCUGGCGAGAUCGCAGAUGGCAUGGCCUACCUGGCCGCCAACAAGUUUGUGCAUCGCGACCUGGCCGCCCGCAACUGCAUGGUGUCCCAGGACUUCACUGUCAAGAUUGGGGACUUUGGGAUGACCCGGGACGUGUACGAGACAGACUAUUACCGCAAGGGUGGGAAAGGACUGCUGCCUGUGCGCUGGAUGGCCCCUGAGUCCCUCAAAGACGGAAUCUUCACCACACACUCGGAUGUCUGGUCCUUCGGCGUGGUGCUCUGGGAGAUCGUAACCCUGGCUGAACAGCCCUACCAAGGCCUUUCCAACGAGCAGGUGCUCAAGUUUGUCCUGGACGGCGGGGUUCUGGAGGACCUGGAGGACUGUCCCCUUCAGCUGCAGGAGCUGAUGAGCAGCUGCUGGCAGCAGAACCCACGCCUGCGCCCCACCUUCACCCACAUCCUGGACAGCAUACAGGACGAGCUUCGGCCCUCCUUCCGCCUCCUUUCCUUCUACUACAGUCCAGAGUGCCAGGGGGGCCACAGCCCCCUGCCCUCCAUCGAUGCAGAGCCCACCUCCCCUCCAACCUCAAAAGGGGCCGCAGACUGCAGCCUGCAAAACGGGAAGCUCGGUGGCGUGAAAUGUCCGGGUGCUCACUCCCUUCCCAGCUCAGACAGGGCAGGGGUGGCCAAGAGUGCGACAGAGAGUGGGGGUGCGGUCAGCUCAGACCACACUCCCAGGACAGCAGGCAAGGCCUCGGCAGGCGUAGUGUAGCCUAGAUGGUGGACAGGCGCC